AUAAUAGAAAAUGACUUGUACGCUACUGGUAGUUCUGAUAAAUGUUUUUAAUCAGAUAAAUGUUUUUAACCCCCCCCUUAAAGACAAUGGCCGAUAAAGAUUCAUCCGAGGAUUAUCCCACUGAAAUUGAGGAAAAUCUCAAUGAUUUCGAGUCCUCUGUGAGCUCUGUCCAGAAUGUGGUCCAAACCCUUGUGUCUGUCUCUAGAAGUGAUCGACUGCUUAAGUUGGAUCCUCUUGAUCAAGCCAAACUGGAUCUGAUGUCUGUGUAUGCCCUCAACUCAAUGUUCUGGAUGUAUUUGGUGACGCAAGGAGUCAAUCCGAAAGACCAUGGAAUCAAACAAGAAUUGGAGAGAAUCAGGACAUACAUGAAUAAAGUGAAGGAGAUCACAGACAAAAGAAAAGCUGCACAUUUGGACAAAGAUGCAGCAUCACGAUUUGUUCGUAAUGCACUGUGGGAUGCAAAGGAUAAUAAAAGAAAGGACACAACUGAACAUUCCCAUAGAGGAAAACACAAGAGAUUCACUUGAGUGCAUUUUCAGAGUUUUUUGCGUGCCUUGUUGCAAAUAAUUUGCUGACUUUGGAUUAUUCAAAACCGAUAUUGCAUCAUUGCACUGACAAACAGCAUUGGAUGCUCAGUGCUGCCAUAUUGCUCAUAUUGUGCAUAUGUGAAACAGUGUCAUUCUUUUCAAAAAGGUGGUUUUAUUUCAAACUAAAGAAACAGAAAUGCAAGUUGUCCCAGAUUUUUGUAAAACGUCUUUUGUUUUUAUUUGCAUUUAAAGAGCUGUUAUUUUUCGCAGUCUUAUAUGCUUUAUGCCUGGACUUGUAUAUUCUGGAAUGUUAUAUGUGGACCAUUCAUACUACCAGUCCCAUUAAAACUUUUA